GUUUCAUCACCCGAGCGCCACCGGUUUGUGUUUGCUUCGCUGAACCAGUUUUAAUGCCACUCAUAUGAGGUUCGCGCCCGAAUCCUGAACCCGCCCGAAACGCUCCUGAACUUGAAUACCAGUCCAUUUAACUCGUCUUCAUUUGAAGGAAAUGCACAACUUGACGGUGGCAACAGCUCUGGGACUGGUGAGCCUGCUCUGGUUACUGGCACUGGUUGCCGGCGAAACCGCGCGUCAGCUGAGCAGUUCUACCAGCCCACUAAAUCAAAACCAGGUGCAGGCGGCGUCGGACCCCGACUCGGAGGGGUUUGAGGAGCGGGAGGAGGAGAAGCGGGGGUGGCGGGACCUGCAGGGGGGCGGUUGGGGGAAGCGAGCGUGGGAGAACCUGAAGAGCGGCGGUUGGGGUAAGCGCUCAGGCUCCGGGGGUUGCUCGGAUUCGGAGCAGCAGUCCCAGUGGAAGCGGGGCUGGUCCGACCUCCAGCAGGCUGGCUGGGGCAAACGGGGCUGGUCCGAUCUCCAGGGCAGCGGAUGGGGCAAGCGUGGAUGGAGCAACCUCCACCCCGGAUGGGGCAAGCGUGGCUGGCAGAAUCUCCACUCCUCCGGCUGGGGCAAACGGGCCUGGCAGAAUCUCCAGGGCUCGUGGGGUAAACGAGAUUCGCCGCUGGACUCACAGGCACAAGACGACGAGCGGUUAGACGAAGACAAACGAUCUUGGAACAGCCUCCACUCGACGUGGGGCAAGAGGAGCACUUCCGAUUGGCGGAGCUUCGGAGGGUCCUGGGGUAAAAGAGAUCCAGCCUGGCACAAUUUGAAAGGAGUGUGGGGUAAAAGAUCUUUAGCUGACGACGCACUAAUCAAAUUUACGCCCAACAUAGGUUACGACGAUGUCGCCAAUGAAUACAGCCUGGAAGAUUAAGCACGUCCUGGAAGAGAAAAAACAAAUAAAUAAUUUAUUACUCUGAAAAAUUAGUUCUCUCAAACGAUUUCAUCAAUUUGAUAGGGCAUAUUUUAAGUUUCUUUUCAAAAUUCACCCCGUUCCUCUCGCAAAAACUCUUAAAAAUGUUAAAAAUCCUCACUAACGGGCAAAGAAGCUCCAGCAAUUAUAAGGGUGGCAGCUGGGGUAAAAUGCACAUUACCCAUGUUAGAAGAAUAUGGUUCCUUGACUAAUAUUUCUUCAUAUUUGAAUAUCAUUACAGAUUGUCGGUUGUUCCCAUGAUAAUUUUACAUCUAUCUUAUGUGAGUGCUCCCUCUGAUGUUCAAAGAAUUACAUUCCUGAGGCAACGUUGACUUUCUUCGGAGAGAGGUAGUGAGUCUUGUCAUUUUAAAUCCUUUGAUGAAUCAUGAUUGUUAAAUGUGAGAUAAAAUUAUUUUAUGGCCUAAAAUCUUCACCAAGAGUUGUCAUUGUGGACAGGAGAUCUUAAAAACAUCCAAUAUCAUUGGGGGUCUUUUUAACACCAAAAUUAUUUUAUUAUCGAUACUUUUUCGACCCUUUCCUUUUGAACCACGUACAAUACUACAGCCACUAAACGUUAAAUGUGAUGGAGUCAUGAAUCGGGCUCUUAAGGUGAAAUGGAAAUAAAAUGAAAUAUAACAACUCUCAAGCUUAAACGGGUCAAUUCUGCAUUAUUGUAGGGUCAUAGUAGACUGCAGGUUCUACUCAAUUUACUAUUCAUAGUUGCAAUUUUACAGUCUUGGUAUCAAAAAGUCAGGUCCCGGUUACAACAAUGCUUCGGUCCUGAUUACAAUAGCAUGGUUCCCGCGACUGAACUAGUUGUUACCACAACAAAAGUGAGUAGGACGUUCGCUUUCUAGAUAAGUCUAGCUCCAUGAAAUAGGCGGACUUUUCUGCACUUCCAAAAAGGACGUCACAUUACUUUUACCAGUGAUGAUCGUCGUCACUAUUGUGAUACGUCUUAUUGAUGUCACUGUGAUGUCGCACUGCUUUAUGAACCACAUAGUAAAUGUCAUUAUGACCCACGAUUAUUAUUGCCAAAACUAAUUCCUACAUUGCACAUGUAAGUUGUUGUUCUGUCUGCUCCAACCUUACAAUCGGACGUAUCACUGCCAAACGGAACUAUGUGCAUUAUGACAUGAGCCUUGAGACCCAUAAGAACAAAUCUGUAACAGGGCUCAAGUUAUAAUGCACAUAGUUCUCUUUGGCAGAGAUACGUCCAAUUAGAAUCAUGCAGGGAGGAUAGACACAGUUGGCUCUUGAUUCAGAGUGAAUUUCAACCCACAGUCUAUUAAAAUAUCGAUUAGAAAGAUCAAACAAAAAAAUGAAGUGAUAAUAGUAUUGUCAAUAGUAAUUAAUAAAUUCACCUGAUACACAAUUUUAAGUGAAAACUAGCCACUGUCAUAGAAAUAUUCGUGUACUGUGCGUCCAUAUUCUGCAUUUACCGCCGAGAAUACAAUUAAAUUGAAUUUGUAAUAUUCGACAUCAACUCGUUUUCAUUCAGAAAAUUGAUAUCUAUGAACCGAGAGACAUGAAAUAUUCCAUAGCUUUGAGCACUAUUUUAAUCAUAAUGGAGCGAAAACAAGGAAUCGAAACCAGUUUUUAUCCAGUUUAACCCUUGAUUUUAUUUUGCGAUAUUACCUCUCUAUUUUCUUUUUGUUAGCCCUUUCGAUUUGAAUUAUUUGUUCAUUUACUUUUUGAACAAGUGACUAUAUUUCAUUAAUUCGUGCUUUUGAAAAAUAAUACGAAUGAGAGAUCUCGUUUGACGAGCAUGGUUUGUCAAAGGUUUUUUCAAGAUUCUACCGACAUUUUGUGACAGUCAAUUACAUUUUAUAAAGGCGUGAAAAAUCAAGAGAUAUCCCACUCCUCAAAAUAAACGGAUGGAUAAUUUAUUUUCGGCAAUUUAUAUGUGUUUCCGUAUCUGAGAAACAUAUUAUUAUUAUUCCUUAAGUAUAACUUUGAUUGUUCGUUGACCCAGCAUUACGAUGUAAUAAAAUCUUAUAUGUUUGUUAAAAAUUCUUCAUUUUUAAAAUAAAUAUUACAUGAAAGUUUGGCUA